CCUGAAUACCACAUUAUUUGAGUCAUGUUUUGUAUAAACUAAUUACUGCUUACACAUGCAUGAUUCAGUGGCUUGAUUAGAACGGCCUGACAAUGACGUUAUCUGUAAAUCCCUCGCUCUGCAAACAAACAGAAAAAGUUUUGUCCCAUCAUCAGUACAGAUUUGCCCUUUGUAGGACAGAGUAGCAGUUUUGUGUAUGUUUGUGUAAAGCUGUGUAUGUGUGCAGGUUUUUUUUUUUUAAUGUGCAUCCCCCAGGGUAGUGGAAAUCUGGAAGAGAUAAGGGCAGGUUUCCAGAUGGGGGAGAAGAAGGCAGGUUAAGUGUUUUCCGCUGAUGUCUGCAUCAAUGAAUGAGGAUGAAGCAUAUAUAUUGAGAGGGGUGAUCGUCAGUUUGGACAGAGAAGGCUCUUGAGUAUCUGCUCUUAACACGCCACACAGCAUCUCAACAGGUAACGCCUCAACACAAACCAUCAUGGAAGCUGCCAUCUGCACCCUUGUCACCCAGUUCAAGACAUACGCCGGGAAAGACGGAUCCUCCAGCACCCUGAGCAAAGAGGAAUUCACCAACCUGGUGACCUCUCAGCUUCCCAACUAUGUCAAGAAUGCCAGCGACCCUGCAUCGAUCGACCAGCUCAUGGGCUCUCUGGAUGAAAACAACGAUGGGGAGCUGACCUUCUCCGAGUUCUGGCAGCUGAUUGGAAAACUGGCGAGCAAGCAGGGUGGCUUCGGCCAGUAGAGCUCUGCUUCUUCAGGCUUUUGAGCAGAUUGUGUAACAUCAAUCAACUCAAUCGAGCUGUCCAACUGUAAUUUCAAAGGCACUUGAAUUCUUUUUAGCACUCCACCAAUGCCACAUAUGUAAUUCUUUAGUUAGCCAUUUGUCGAAUGCUGGGAACUUUGAAUUAAAGGCUUCGCUGUCUUGAACCCUCAGCCACCAACACUCUGUCUCUUGUCAUUCAUUCACUGCAUGUCCACAUUUUAGCAGGAGUGUGCAGCCUUGAUUUAGGGUCCUGUAAUCCUUCUGCUUCCACAACUACACCAUGCAGACCAUAUCUUGUUCCACAGAGCUUCAUAAUGCCUGUACAAAGCUGCCUGUCCGAGCGUUAAGCCGCUGAGAUGGAAAAGCAAAGCCUGGUCUUCACUGUCUGUCAAUGAGCCUAUAAUGGGAAUACAUGUUCACCAAAUGCAUCCCAUUAUGUUUGUGAGGACUUAUUUUGAGGCUUUGUAGUUGAAUUACAUUAUGCUUGUUUAGCAGAUAAAUAUGUUAUAGUUAUAAUAUUAUGGUAAUUUUGUGUUAAUUCUGAUGUCUAGACAGAGUUAUGCGUGUUGGCUGGAUCAGCAGCAGUUUUGUUUUAAUUUUUGUGAGAGAGAAAAAAAGGUGCUGCUCACUGUUUCAGAAAAUCUUUCAACAGAUAAGAAAAUGUGACCUUUGUAUCCAAAUUACACAGGUUAAGGUGCCAGUGAAGGGGGAGUGAUGACGGGCAAAUGAGUCAGCAGCAACAAAGAAAGGGAGAAAAUGAGCAGCAGAGUACCCAUCUAGUGUGGCCACAGGCCUGUGUGGACGACUCUGUAUAGAGGAGUCCAAUCACCGGGUCAUCUGAAAGUGGAGGCUUGUGUCUCAUUUAUCCAGAAAAAGAAGCACCCAUAGUAAGAUUUAAUCUUCAGAGGGAAUUUAAAAAAAAAAAACUUGAAAGCCUUGACAAGAAUCUGGCAAGACUGCUUUUACUGCUUGCACCACUUUCCUGGAGUCAUUUCUUAUUAUUGUAAAUGUCAGUUGGGAAAAGAUUGAGCCUCUAUCAUUGCAAAAUCUGUCUGUCUUCAAAAAUAUGAUUCUGUUUAUGUCUAUUACUUUUGAUGGUGGAAAACUGUGUCCCAUUAAUACAUCUCUUUGUUGUUGGCAACAACCACAGGGACAUACAGAUGUGUAAAACAACUCCUCUAUAAAAAGGAUUGUAAAACACUGAAUGAUAAUUUCAGUUACAAAGUUUUACCCUUAGAGACUCUAUAUUGGCAUUUCAAUAGUUGAAAUACUUUUGAAAGCGACUGAGCCUUG